AAUACCUUUUCCGCGUUAAAUCCGAAUAAGUACCGUUUUAAGUCACGGACACGUGCUGAAAUGGAUAAAGACAGAUCCACUCUGGUCCACUGGUUCCGCAAAGGUCUCCGGGUCCAUGACAAUCCAGCUCUAUCGCAGAUUUUCACCGCCGCCAAUGCUAAGCCGGGAAAAUUCUUCAUCCGCCCGAUAUUCAUUUUGGACCCGGGAAUUCUCGACUGGAUGCAAGUGGGAGCCAAUCGAUGGCGAUUCCUUCAGCAGACGCUGGAGGAUUUGGAUAAGCAGCUACGAAAACUCGACUCCCGCCUGUUUGUGGUGCGCGGAAAGCCUGCAGAGGUGUUUCCCCGGAUCUUCAAGAGCUGGCGCGUAGAACUCCUGACUUUCGAGACGGACAUCGAGCCGUAUUCGCUGUCCAGAGAUGCUGCCGUCCAGAAGUUGGCCAAAUUAGAGGGUGUUAGGGUGGAGACCCACUGCUCCCACACGAUUUACAACCCGGAAUUGGUUAUAGCCAAGAAUCUUGGCAAGGCUCCCAUUACCUAUCAAAAGUUUCUGGGCAUUGUGGAUCAACUCAAGGUACCCAAAGUUCUAGGCUUUCCUGAGAAGCUCAAGAUUAAGGUUGUUCCACCUAAAGAUGAAGUGGAGCAGAAGGAUUCGGCAGCCUACGAUUGUCCUACAAUGGAGCAAUUGGUCAAGAGACCAGAGGAACUGGGACCGAAUAAAUUUCCGGGAGGUGAAACAGAGGCCCUGCGACGUAUGGAGGAAUCUCUAAAGGAUGAACUUUGGGUGGCCCGCUUUGAGAAGCCCAACACGGCACCCAAUUCCCUGGAGCCCAGCACUACUGUACUGAGUCCCUAUCUAAAGUUUGGAUGCCUUAGUGCUCGAUUGUUUCAUCAAAGGCUCAAGGAGAUUCUCAAGCGUCAGACGAAGCACUCGCAGCCUCCCGUUUCGCUAAUUGGACAACUUUUGUGGCGGGAAUUCUACUACACAGUGGCGGCAGCUGAGCCGAACUUUGACCGGAUGCUGGGAAACAUUUACUGCCUGCAGAUUCCCUGGCAAGAGCAGCCCGAUCACCUGGAGGCCUGGACUCAUGGACGCACCGGUUAUCCCUUCAUCGAUGCCAUUAUGCGUCAGCUGCGCCAGGAGGGCUGGAUCCACCAUUUGGCCCGGCAUGCGGUGGCCUGUUUCCUGACACGCGGCGAUCUCUGGAUCAGCUGGGAGGAGGGGCAGCGCGUGUUCGAGCAGCUACUGCUGGAUCAGGACUGGGCCCUCAACGCUGGCAACUGGAUGUGGCUCUCGGCGUCCGCCUUCUUUCAUCAGUACUUUCGCGUCUACAGCCCGGUGGCGUUUGGCAAGAAGACGGAUCCCCAGGGGCACUACAUACGGAAGUAUGUCCCGGAACUCUCAAAAUAUCCAGCAGGCUGUAUUUAUGAGCCCUGGAAAGCCUCGCUGGCCGACCAGAGGGCCUACGGCUGCGUCCUGGGCACAGAUUAUCCCCACCGGAUUGUUAAACACGAAGUGGUGCACAAGGAGAACAUCAAGCGAAUGGGCGCCGCCUAUAAAGUGAAUCGGGAGGUGCGCACGGGCAAGGAGGAGCAGUCGUCCUUUGAGGAGAGCACAGAAACCUCCACUUCAGGCAAGCGGAAGGUGCGAAAGGCAGGCGGAAAUGCCCCGAAGCGAAAGCGUUGAAAUUUAUAUAUGUAUGCUUCUUAAAGGACGGGGUAUGUAGAUAUUUAUGGUAUUCGUUUAUUUGU